AUGUCAAGCGAAGAACCGUGCAUUGGAAUAGAUCUCGGAACCACAUACAGUUGUGUAGGUGUGUGGCAAAAUGAUAAAGUUGAAAUUAUAGCAAACGAUCAAGGUAACAGAACAACUCCCUCUUAUGUCGCUUUUUCAGAUGUAGAAAGACUGAUAGGCGAUGCAGCAAAGAGCCAAGUUACAAGAAAUCCAGAAAACACUGUGUUUGAUGCAAAAAGGCUCAUUGGGAGAAAAUUUGAUGAGCCAGUUGUUCAAAACGAUAUGAGACUUUGGCCUUUUAGAGUCAUCUGUGGGCAAGACAACAGGCCUCAAAUUGUCGUGAACUUUAAAGGCCAAGAAAAAAGAUUUUAUGCUGAAGAAAUUUCGGCAAUGGUGCUAACUAACUCCCCAUUUAAAUUGAAACAAAACAUCGGUAAUUUUGCAUUUUUGGGUAAUUUUACACACCCCCUUAAAAAAAAGAAAGAAAAUUUGUGUUUCAAUAGGAAAAUUUUAUCGACGAAAUUACUAAUUUUUAUAAAAUCAGUUUUGACCUAAUUUAGUAGACAAAAUCCAUGUAGAAUGAUAUUUAAAUAGUUUUUACACUAAAUUGAUUAUUUUUUUAAAUUAAUUCUUCAUAAAAAUCAAUUAAAAUUCAAAGUAUUAUGCUCAAUUUUAAAGAAAAAUUUAAAAAUUUAUUUUUAUUCUAAAACAAAAAACUAACCUUCUUUAAAUUGGAACAGGAAUUUUUAUUCAAAUUUUUAAAGAGGGAGUAAGAUGAAAGAAACUGCAGAAUCAUAUCUUGGGAGAACAGUCAAAAAUGCAGUCAUUACAGUUCCAGCCUACUUUAACGAUUCUCAAAGGCAAGCUACAAAAGAUGCAGGAAUGAUAGCUGGCUUUGACGUCAAAAGAAUCAUCAACGAGCCAACUGCUGCAGCAAUUGCUUAUGGUCUUGAUAAGAUGCACCAAGGAGAAUCUAAUGUUUUAAUAUUUGACUUAGGUGGUGGCACUUUUGAUGUGUCUUUACUUACUAUUGAAGAAGGAGUAUUUGAAGUUAAAGCUGCAUCAGGGAAUACUCAUUUAGGGGGAGAAGAUUUUGACAACCGUAUGGUGGAUUACUGUGCAGCUGACUUCAAGAAAAAAACUGGAAUAGAUAUAACAACUAACAACAGAGCUUUAAGAAGACUAAGAACGGCAUGUGAAAGAGCUAAAAGAACACUUUCGUCAGCAACUCAAGCUAGCAUUGAAAUUGAUGCUCUUGCAGAAAGUAAUGAUUAUUUUACUACUAUGACAAGGGCCAAGUUUGAAGAAUUGAACAUGGACUAUUUUAGGGGCUGCAUUGAGCCUGUUGAGAGAGUACUAACCCCCCCCUUCGUGAGUGAAUAAAAAAAAUUUUGUUCACUCACGGAGGGAGGUUAAUUUUUUUUUUUUAAAAAAAUUUAUAUAUAAAUUUUUUUAAAACAUAUUUUUUUUCGAAAUUUAAAAAAAACCUAAUCGCAAAAAUUGGAAAGCAAAUAUUAAUUUAUUUUAUAAAAUUUAUGUUUUAAAAAGCAAUUCGUUUAAAAUUAAACAGAAUUAGCUCUAGAUUUCAUUAUAAUAAUUAUCAUUUAUAUAUCAAAAUUUUUGUUCACUCACGGAGGGUGGGUUUUUGGGCAAAAAAUAGCGAUUUUUCUAAUGGUUUUGUUCACUCACAGAGGGGGGGGAGUAAGAGAUUCUGGUAUUUCGAAAAAUCAAAUUAAUGAAGUAGUCCUUGUAGGAGGCUCGACUAGGAUACCAAAGGUUCAACAACUUAUACAAGAGUUUUUCAAUGGAAAAGAACCAAACAGAAAUAUCAAUCCAGAUGAAGCUGUAGCAUAUGGAGCUGCUGUGCAAGGAGCAAUUUUGUCAGGAGUCACCUCAGGUCAGGUACAAAAUGUUGUGUUAUUAGACAUAAUACCUUUAUCCCUUGGGAUUGAAACAGCUGGAGGAGUUAUGACAGUUUUAAUUCCAAGAAACUCUGGAAAACCUACUCAAAAAUCCCAAAUGUUUACUACUUAUGCAAAUAAUCAGUCAAGUGUGUGCAUUCAAGUUUAUGAAGGUGAAAGAUCAAUGACUAAAGACAACCAUUUUCUGGGUAGAUUCAACUUAGAAGGAAUCCCACCAGCACCCAAAGGUGUCCCUCAAAUUGAAGUAACUUUUGAAAUUGAUGCGAAUGGGGUUUUAAAUGUGUCAGCAAAAGAAAAAGCUACAGAUAAAAUCACUAGAAUUACCAUAACCAACGAAAAUGGAAGACUCAGCAAAAGUGAUAUUGAAAGGAUGGUUAGUGAAGCUGAAAGAUUCAAAAUGGAAGACGAUGCAAUUAAGCAGAAAAUUGAAGCAAAAAAUGGAUUGGAAGGCUAUCUAUAUAACUUGAGAAAUACUAUAAAUGAUGAAAAAGUGAAGGAUAAAAUCAGCCAAAGUGAGAAAAAUAUUGUAGAGGCAAAAAUUGAAGAAAUUCAGAGAUGGAUUGAAAGUAAUCCAGAAGCAGAGGUAAGCGAAUUUGAAAGCAAACAGAAAGAACUGGAGAGUAUCAGCAAUCCAAUCAUAGUAAAAAUUUAUCAACAGAAUGGAGCAACUAAUAUAAAUGGAAUGAGCAAUGGAGGGUUCAGCCAAGGAGCAAGUCCAUUUAAUGGACCAAACGUUGAGCAAGUUGAUUAA